GUGUUCGUGUGUGUGCUGUCAGUUUCUUACGCGUGUGUGGUCUUAAAACAACUGUAAGCAUGCCUAAAAGAGCCAAGAAGAACGAGGAAGCUGUCGAGGGGGAGACUGGCAAUGGAGCUGAACCUGCAAAGAAAGAGAAAAAGGGGAAGGAGCCAGAGGCCCCAAUUCUGUAUGAAGAUCCUCCAGAUAAGAUGACCAGUAAGGAUGGUCGUGCAUCCAACAUGAAGAUCACCUCCUGGAAUGUGGACGGUCUGCGCGCUUGGGUCAGAAAGAACGGCCUUGAUUGGGUGCGCAAGGAGGAUCCAGAUGUGCUGUGUCUGCAGGAGACUAAGUGCGCUGAGAAAGCCCUGCCAUCUGAGAUCACUGACAUGCCUGAGUAUCCACACAAGUACUGGGCUGGAUCAGAGGAUAAGGAGGGUUACAGCGGAGUCGCCAUGCUCUGCAAGACUGAACCACUCAGUGUCACCUAUGGUAUUGGUAAAGAGGAACAUGAUAAAGAAGGUCGGGUUAUCACUGCUGAGUUUCCAUCUUUCUUCCUGGUUACGGCGUAUGUGCCUAAUGCCAGUCGUGGUUUGGUGCGACUCGACUACCGUAAGACCUGGGAUGUGGAUUUCCGGGCCUACCUGAGUGGCUUGGACCAGCGCAAGCUCCUGGUGCUGUGUGGAGAUCUGAAUGUGGCCCACCAA